AUGACGGUUUGCCCUUUUCCUGUGUUUAGCUUUUUUUUUUUUUAUGCUAAUGUGAGUUUUGUGCUUCUAAAAAAAGAUAUAGGUAUAAUAUAACCUCAUUUAGGCAAUUAAACUUAUUUGGGAUUUAUUUAUAUGCAGUCGUUAGUGUGUCGAUGUCUUUAUUAAAGGUUUGCUAACUACCUAAAAUCUAUUAUGGAUAAAUAAAAAAAUGACAUUUCUCGAUCUUAACUGUUGAUUAGAGUUGUAGAGUGGUGUCUACAAACAGACACAAUGCCAGCUGUCGUGGUUGUAGACAGACCUCCCCAGAGGAGUGAAGCCAUGUGGUUGGCUCUCAAGGCACACAUCAUCAGGGAACGACAAAAGAAAAAACAAGAACAAGAAGCAGAUGCUGAGGUGGAACGACAACGUAAAGAGAGGGAACGUCAACAGAAGCAAGACAAAAUGACUCUGGGAGAGACUCGGGAACAGAUUUCUCAGUUGGAGCAGAGACUGCAACAGCUGAAGGAAGAGAAACAUCAGCUGUUUCUGCAGCUCAAGAAAGUAUUGAAUGAAGAUGAUAACAGGAGAAGGCAGCUUGUUAAGGAAUCCAACGAUGUCAUGGAGAUGUACGGCUACCCAGGAGUGGCCUUGGGAAAUCCACAGCUGUUCCUUCAACAGAAUAUUCCCCUGACCAAUCGCAACCCCCUUUACAAAGUGCCACCCUCGCACACUCUACUGCAAGCGGGAACACUGAAGAGAAGAAGAAGUCCUUCUCCUGCCAACUACCCACAAUACGGCACUUACAAGCCAGCUACCAGCCAGGCCACAUACCAGAAAGUGGAGGACAGAAGCAGAGGUCAUGAGUACGUGCGUGCGGUUUUGUGGAAUAAGCCCUACGGUUUGACCGAGAGUAGUCAGUAUGGACCAUUCUACACAACCUCCACGACCAUGAGUUACUCUGCAGCCCCCGCUCCUACCCAGGCACAGACUGUGUACACGUAUGGCGGACCGCAGUUUCAGGCCUCGUCUAGCAGUUCGGCUGCCCCGCCUCCGGCCACCGAGACCACCAACCCCACACCCAAACACCACUACAUGGCUCAACAACGGCCCCACAACCCAUCUUAUCUUCAUGUGACGAUUGAUGCUAAACAACCUUUUCCGGAGGAGAACUUCUACUCCCCCGCUCAGAUCCGGCCGGCUACUCAUGUACCGUUGCAUGGCGGAGCAAUUCCAAUACAGCAACCUCCUCAGGGAGCCAAAACUGGAGGGAUAACUUCAGGCUAUCCGAUCCGACCUCCAGCCUCCGCACCGACUGCUACCACUCCACAUAGUGUGUACGUGAGCCAGCCGUCGAGUGGCAGUCGGCUGGUGUACAGCCAGUCGGUUACAACACAGCCAGCCGGUUUAUCGAACAUCCGGUACAGUGUUCCACCCAUGCAGAGGGAGGCAUAGACCAGGGAGCGUUCCGUAGUUUACCUGUGCACAUUAAAAACGUCAGCUGUUUCUCAGAAAUAAAUAUGACGAAACUCAUUCAUACUAGUACUCCCAGUUCACCCCUUCAUUGGUUAGUAUCGGUGUAAGAAAAUCGUAGUUCUUAGUGUUUAACGUAGAUUCCGUCAAUAUGGUCAUCUAGGACUUUCCUUGCAGCAUAGAAACUACACACAGACCAAUACCGCCCUAGAAAUAUAUCGAAGUAAUCAAUGUGAAGCAAUUAUCUGCAAUUAUAAAUUAGAUGCUGGUAUUACGGACAACAGCGUUGUUGAAUAAAAGAAACAUGACUUUUCAGGACUGAAACGUAAACUCUUUAACAAACGGCGAUAAACAGAUGAAAGUCAAAGUUAACUUCAAAAAGCUUCUUUGAAAAAAACGCCUGAACUCAGCAUCACGUUAAAAGCACAAACAAAUAAUCAUUACACAACACAGAUGCACCAGUGAAACACGUGCUGCAUGCAUCACAGGAAGGUCUGUGACGAGGAAGUCACUUGUAGUCAUGGGAGCCUGAUUAGCGAUUGUGACAUACUAUGGUAUUGGUGGGGGGGGGGGAGGGGAGUCAAAAAUACAGCCCAUUGUUUACUUAUCUCUCCAUAUACCUUAAUGUCAUUAUGUGCACCUAUAUUAUUUUGAAUGAGGUUUCUUUAACUUUAUUGUUUUAUUGUUUGUUUUAAUGUCCUACUUAAUCCUUUUUCUUAUUAUAGGUCAAGUAUUGGGCUUGGCUUCAACAGAUCGACAUUGUGAUUGGUCUGCUAAUUGUAUGUAUGAAGGGUAAUUUUUUUGUGUAACAAUGUUCACUUCUUGAUGUUCUCAUCCCACUUCAUGUAAUGAUUUUUAAACUAGUAAUGUUUUAAUUUAUAAUAAAUAAUUGACGUAAAAAAUAUAUGGUAGGGGCAAAAAAUGUAUACAAUUUUGUUCUUCUAUUGUGUCAAUAACUUUUCUGAAUUUCAAAAUGAAAUGAGAACAAAAUUUAAUUAUGAUUAUUGAAAGUAAGAAAAUAGUAUUAUAGGAAUUAAUUCUUUUUUUAUUAUUUAAAAAUACUUAGGUUGUGAAAUUUUAUUUUACAGCUAAAAAUCCUGUAGUGGCAGGCUAUUUAUGGUCAGUUUAUGAGCACUUAUUCUAAAUUAUCCCUACAUUUCAAAUACUGUUUUUAUAAUUAUAUUAUUGGUUGCUUUCUCAGUAAUAUUUUUAGGAUAAUAAAACAUACUAAUAAAUAUAAUUCGUUGAUAUACAUAUUUUUCACAUUAGAUACAACUUGAAAUUAAAGAAAUUAACUUAUGUAAGGGAAUUAGGCUUCAUAGAUGUUUAACUAUGUUUACCAUUCAUCACGUAAUAAAUCAAAUUCAACCAUAGAAAUAAAUGUUUUACUAAAAGAAAAUAAGGGCACAGUAAUUGUGCACUCAGUUAGAAGAUGGGAAUGACAACAACAAAUGAUCGUAAAUAACAGCUGUUUAGAAGAGAGAAUAAGAACAAAAAAGGGUUUUAGCUGAGAAAAAACUCUUCAUCGUUUCAGUGGUACUUAAAUAUCAUAGCUAAACUUGAUAUUAAAUGUUAUAUCAAAUUAAUCAUUUGUCGAUGUCAUGAUGUUCAAUUUUAACAACUGCCAUUACAGCAGCGGUUCAUGUCGUUGAAAAUUGAACGACUGCCAACUUCAAGGUUAAGAACCAUCAUGAUUUUAUUCCAUAAGAGCAAGAUAAAUCCAUGAUUAUAUCUUUAUUUUAAAAAUAUUUUAAGGAUUAUUUUUAAACUUAUCUCAAAUUGUUUUUUUAUGAUUGGCCUUAAACUAGAAUAAAAUGAUUUGUAUUCCCUUUUUUAUGUUGGAUGUCUCCUUGCGUAUAUAUUUUUUGUUAUGUGGUACCGUAAUUUUAAUUUUGUGUUCAGUUUUUAACAAUUUUGGCAACCAAUUUGUGAACGGGACAAUAUUCCUAGAACUAGUCUCCUCAGUAAAAGAAAUUUAAUUUAUAACUGUAAAGGAAUGAGACAUCUUCCUUAACUCUAUGAGAAAAAAUAAACCUGUAAAUGCGUUUUGAGAUUUAACUGUGUUCUUAUGGAGUAAAACUCAAGGCAACUGGUGAGCUGCUCUUCCGCAAAUGUCUCAUGAAUUUUAUAAUGUCCCUAUAGUCUGUAUAAAGAAUAGUAACAUUUCUUGUGAUUUAUUUAUGUGAGUAAGAUAUUUGUAUGUAUUUAAUACAUUACAAACUUUUCAACUUAGUUUUUUCAGCAAUUUCGUGUACAAAAAUGAAUGCUAUUAAUUGGUUUCUCUGGAUAUUUGAUUACAUUUUAUGAAAUGUAUGUUUUGACAUUAAAUACGAGGCACGUCCAGAAAGUAAGUGUACUGGUACUCUCACAGCUGCAGGGAAUACAUUUUUGACAUGUUGGCAAUACUGCCGCGUAGCCUGAAUCCUCCACUUCAAAACGAGACCAAUCCGAAGUUAGAGUGUUGAAAACUCCUGACACAGUAACAUCUCUCGCGAAAAAUGUCGAUUGUAUCUCCCGUUAAGUGCGAAAUCCGCGCCGACAUUGUCUCAAUUGAAGUUUUCAAUCCUGAAAACUUGUCUCAAUUGAAAAAGACAUGCAUCCUUACAAUUCCCCUAAGAGGAGAUAAUUUUCGGCUGGUUUAUAUCUGCUUGUAAAACCUACAUUGAGUACUGCAAAAGUUGAUGUAUCACCUACAUUUACUCACAGACUGAGGAUGGCAUGAGGCUGAAGCAGAGUUAGUGCUUCUUCCAAGGUGAUAUGAUGGAGAUUGUGUCCACCUCAAGGUGGGAAUAAUCUGUCCACAAUUUUGAAAAAAUCUGACAUUAAAAAAUGUAAAUGGUUUAAUAAAUAUUUUGAUUGGUAAGUUGAAUUAAAUACAUUUGACAAUUUUAUUAUUGUUUAGGUACAAUUCGUUUAUUAAUUUUGUGUUAAUUUAGAUGGAAGAAAAUGUAGUGCAGUUAGUUUUAGUUACUUUUAUAACCUCGAUUCAAAUGUUUUACUGUGUUUAUGUUGAUUAAAGUGAUUUGUAUCUGAAUAUGGGA